UAAAGAGGAGGAUCCUGAUGAUCAGAAAGAUAUAAACAGACACGCGUCACCUGAACAUUCACAAGAUUCUGAGCGCACACGGUGAAUCUGAUCCUCUGAGCUGGACGUCUGAAUCGAUGAUCACAAACAUGAUUGUGUUGCUGUGUUUGUCUGCUCUGUUUCCCGUCUUGAUGGGCAUUGAUGAGGUCAAAUCAUACAAUUUUCUUCGUACCAAAGACUGCUCUGAUGUUUAUGCGAGUGGAUAUAGCACCAGUGGUGUGUACAUCAUCACCACAAUAGAUGGACCGGUGCAGGUCUACUGUGAGAUGGAGACUGAUGGACAAAAUGACCAAGGACCCUGGAUGGUGAUUCUAAGGCGAAUGGACGGCGAGGUGAAUUUCUAUAGGCCGUGGAGGAGUUAUAAAUGGGGUUUUGGUAAUAAAGAAGACGAACACUGGCUGGGUGUAGAGUUUGUUCAUCAGCUGACGCGCAGGUAUCCGUAUAAACUCAGAGUAGAUUUGGAGGACUUUGACGGGAAGAAGGCUUACGCUGUGUACAAGUCUUUCUCUGUGGGCUCUGAGGCUGAUGGGUACAGACUGCAAGUGAGCGGCUUUGUAAAUGGAGGAGCAGGUGACUCUUUAUCUUAUUCCAAUGGAAUGAAGUUCUCCACCUAUGACAAAGACCAAGAUAAUUGGAGCAAUAAUUGUGCUUUGCUAAAGUUUGGAGGAGGGUUUUGGUACAACAGUUGUUAUAGAACAAACCCCACUGGUCACUAUUUGUGGGAGAAAGAGGGUGCAGUAAUGGAAACUGGAGCCACCUGGUACCACUGGAAGAACAGCUAUAAUUCUCUGAAGUCCAUCACCAUGAAGAUCAAACGUAUGAAGUAGAGCAGGGGUUUCUAUUCUUUAUAUGUGCUUCACUGCAGCUUGUGCGCAUAUCCUCAUAUCCAUUUUAUGCAUACAUGUGGAUCUUUCUUAAAAUAUGGUGACAAACAUGUCCCUUGACUUUUUGUGAUGAAAAAUAUUUCAAAAGGUCAAGAAACCUCAAAUAUGAAAUAGUUUCACUCAUAAUGUCUUAUAUAAAAAUAUAGAUAAAAAAUAAUUUGACUACUGUAAAAUCCCUUGCCCUCUUAAAUAAAAAUGUGUUGAAAUUGGG